AGGGAAUGUGUUUUGGGGGGAAGAGAGAGAGAGAGAGAGAGAGAGAGAGAGAGAGAGAGUGACUGACUGAAUCUCUGGGUGUGCUGUGGCUGUUGACUUAUGUGCCGUGCCGUGCCUCUUUCACACACAACUUAAAUUGAGCUCACUCGCGCAUUCAUAUGCACUCCAUUUCUAUUAUUCUCUCGAUCGCAUCGCAUCGCAUCGCAUCUCAUCUCAUCUCAUCUCAUCUCCCGCGGUUCCCGCUCCCAUUCUCUCUUGAUCCGAAGCGCACACAGAGGUGGACUGGACUGGUGGUGUUUGUGCUGUAUGUAUGUAUUUAUGUAUGUGAGCACGCAUAAUUGCGUCUCUGUGUCAGUCAGCUCGCUCCCUCCUCCUCAACCUCCUUCUUAAUCAGCAGCAGCGAAGAAGAACACAGAUAAGAUCAGAUAGAUCGAUAGAUGGGUGCUGCGUCAUCAGUCCCACAAAAUUCCAUCCACGAAUUCACCGUCAAGGACAGUAGAGGUCGAGAUGUGGACCUCUCUUCCUACAAAGGCAAGGUCUUGCUUGUUGUUAAUGUUGCUUCCAAAUGUGGGCUCACGACUCAGAAUUACACCGAGUUGACUCAGCUUUACUCCAGAUACAAGGACAGGGGUUUUGAGAUUUUGGCCUUUCCCUGCAAUCAGUUUCUGUACCAAGAACCCGGACCCAGCGAGAAAGCUGAAGAAUUUGCCUGCACCAGAUUCAAGGCUGAGUAUCCCAUCUUUCAAAAGGUAAAAGUGAAUGGACCUGAUGCAGCACCUGUUUAUAAGUUUCUUAAAGCGCAAAAGGGUGGUGUUUUGGGGUCAAGAAUCAAGUGGAACUUCACCAAGUUUCUAGUUGACAAAGAGGGACGUGUAGUCAAACGAUACGGGCCAACUACAUCACCAUUUGCAAUUGAGGCGGACAUUAAGAAAGCCGUGGGGGAAAUUUGAAGUUCCGAGGGAGGAUUGAUCUGGGAUUCGUGACUGCAGAAAACCAUAAUGUAUGUGGAUAUGUAUUGUUGUAUUUGUGUCCAUAUUAGUCUUCUCUUGGUUUUACAACAUUACAAUACUCUUUGUUGGUACAUGCAUGUUAUGUGGAUGUGUAUUAUUAAUUUAUUAUUAUUAUGGAGUAGAUGAUUAUAUUGCU